AACUCUCAGGUUGCAAAUACGUCAAGCAGGAAUAGGGACCCAAUCUACUACCACCAUCCCUCCGAACCCUUUUGGCAGGAUUCCUCCAAGGGCAAGGGGGCCCUGAGCUUCGGGGGUACGAAGGACAACAACUGGGGAUGUGCCCCGGGAGGCAGUUCAGGGGGUAGCGGUGGCGGCAGCAGCGGCGGCGGCGGCGGCACCAAGAAGUAA